CACUCUCUGCCUGCUCAGCUGCUCCUCCUUCUCUUCCUCCUGCCUUAUAAUACCCCAAUCCGCACUCAUCCCCCGCAUCUUCUGCAGAGCUACUUCACUCCCAGCAACUCCAGUCGCAACUCGGCAGCAUCGCAAUCCCGCACCCCUCGCAAAAGAUAAUAAUAAAAACACAUCAGAUCGCCAUGUCUCGGUCCAAGGCUCCUCUCGUAAUCGGCACUACCCUUGCCGGUGGCAUCGGUUACUACCUCUACACCGCAGGCGGAGAUCCAAAGGCCGCCCAGAAGCAGGCUGAAGCCGACGCGCAUAGGGCAUCUGCAAGAAUCAAGAGCGAGCUCCCCGGCAGGGGCGACGAGUACAAGAAGGAGGCCGAGGCCACAUUGGCUCAGGCUGGCGCCAAGAUUGACAGCUAUAGCAACAAGGCUCACUCUGAGCUGCAAAAGGCUACUGGCCAAGCCGAGGCCUACGCCAAGGACGCCAAGGCCACUGCCCUCAAGAAGGUCGACCAGUUCGAUGCGACAGUCGAGAAGAAGGCUGCAGAGGCCAAGAGCGGCAUCUCGAGCUGGUUCGGCUUUGGUGGCAAGUAGGGGUAGCGCAUCUGAACUGGAGAUUGGUGGUGUUCUUAAUACAUGUAAUAUUGUAGCAGCAGUGGCUUGGAAUGGCUCUGUUCUGCGCUCCCGAAAUAACUCCAUGAAUUCACACGAUUAAUGAGAUCCUUGUUCAAUACUUGCUUCGGAAUAUUGGUCAGAAUUGAUUUGAACAUGAUGAUCUGUCUCGGUGAGCCUUCUAACUUUUCCGUGCCUUCUGAACGCCCCCAA